AUGUCUAAAGAAGGCAACGAAGCUAGUUGGGGAUCUCCCAACGAAGUUAACGUUGAUGAUUCCAAGGAGAUCUUCAGAAGAUUGUCCCGGCAGUUCAGCAAAGAACAGCAGGAUUCAAAGCAAUCAUCAAAACAAUCAUCAGACCAGCAGCGUAAGUCUGUGUCGGACGCCACCGUCAAGGGAGACGAGGACGAGUUCGACUUGCAAGCUUUCAUCACUGGCGCUAGAGAGCGUUUCCAGGAUGCUGGUAAAACCCACAAGCCACAUCUUGGUGUCUCCUGGAGGCAUUUGACGGUCAAGGGUGCUGGAAGCGGCUCUACAUUUGUCAAAACCUUCCCAGAGGCUGUUAUGUCUACCUUUGGUCCUGACGCCUACGAAUUCGUUACCCGCUACAUCCCCCAACUGAAAAUUGGCAGAAAACCACCUGUACGCAACCUCGUUGACGAUUUUACGGGUGCCCUUGGCAACGAAAUGAUGCUUGUGCUUGGAAAGCCUGGCUCUGGUUGCACUACAUUCCUCAAAGCACUCGCCAACAAGAGAGGAGGUUACGUCGGCGUACACGGUGAUGUCGACUAUGGUGGAUUGACUCCUAAGGAGGUCAAGCACAAGUACCGUGGUGAAGUUGUUAUGAACACUGAGGAAGACAUUCACUUCCCUACACUCACCGUUGCUCAAACACUUGCAUUUGCUUUGCGUGAAAAAGUUCCUCGUGUUAGACCUCAAGGAAUGGCCAGAAUGCAGUUUGUUGAAUACGUUCUUGAAGCUCUUCUCAAGAUGUUCGGUAUAGAGCACACCGCAAACACGGUCGUUGGUAACGACAUGGUGAGAGGUGUCUCAGGUGGUGAGCGUAAGCGUGUCUCCAUUGCCGAAACACUCGCAACUCGUGCUUCUGUCAUGUGUUGGGACAACUCCACUCGUGGUUUGGAUGCUUCUACCGCGGUCGAUUAUGUUAGAAGUUUGAGAAUCAUUACCGAUAUCACUGGUGGUACAUCAAUUGCAACGCUCUACCAAGCCGGUGAAGGUAUUUACGAACUUUUCGACAAGGUUUGCUUGAUCGAUGACGGUCGUUGUAUUUUCUAUGGUCCAGCCAACGAGGCUUGUGCUUACUUCCAAAGUCUUGGUUUCUACAAGCCACCACGUCAAACAUCUGCGGAUUUCCUGACAGGUAUCACUGAUCUUCACGAGCGUACAUACAAGGAAGGCUGGGAAGGCCGUGCUCCUCGUACAACUGAAGACCUUGAACAAGCUUACAAAUCUUCUCACUACUACCAAGCAGCACUUGCCGCUGCUGAUCAAGCAUUUUCCUCUGACCAUAGGGAUCUGGGAAUUUUCAAAGACUCUGUUCGCGAGGAAAAGAAGAGGCGUAUGGCUAAGAGCUCUCCAUACACUGUUUCGUACUUUGAGCAAAUCUACUACUGCGUUAUUCGUCAAAUUCAGUUACAAAUUGGUCAACUUGAUGGUUAUGUUACUAAAUUCGUUACAAUUCUGGUCGUUUCAUUCGUCGUCGCGUCAAUGUUCUAUGGUGAACCUCAAAGCUCUAGUGGAGCAUUCUCUCGCGGUGGUAUUCUGUUCUUUUCGAUAUUAUUUAUUGGUUGGCUUCAAUUGCCGGAGCUCUUCGAUGCUGUCAGUGGACGAGUAAUCAUCCAAAGGCAAAGGGAAUUUGCCUUUUAUCGCCCAUCAGCAGUCGUUUUUGCUAGAGCUAUCGUUGAUAUCCCAAUUUUGUUCGGGUGUGUCACUUUGAUGUCAAUUAUCGUCUACUUCUUGGCAUCACUUCAGUACACAGCUGGUCAAUUUUUCAUAUACUACCUCUUCGUCUUCAUUACUGCCAUGUCGUUGACUCAAUUCUACCGUGCCGUUGCAGCCCUUAGUCCAACGUUCAAUGAAGCCAUCAGAUUUUCAGUCUGUGCGCUCAACAUUGCUGUUGUCUUCGUUGGUUAUGUUAUUCCACGUACUGAUAUGCCAGAGUGGUUUAAGUGGAUCAGUUACAUUAACCCACUUCCAUUUGCUUUCGAAGCUGCCAUGGCUAACGAAUUCCACGGUAUGACUUUGUCAUGCGCUCCAGGAUCUGUUGUUCCAAACAUUGCAGGUGCACAAGUAGCCUACCAAACAUGCGCUUUCCAAGGCUCCGUUCCCGGUAGCUUGACUAUUCCUGGUGACAACUAUAUCAAUACUGCUUUCGGCUAUAGUUUCUCGCACGUUUGGCCUAACUUCGGUUACGUUAUGGCUUAUCUGAUUGGUUACCUAUUGGCAACUGCUCUCUUCAGUGAGAUUUUCGACUUCUCAGGAAAUGGUGGUGGUGUUACCGUCUUCGCUAAGACCGAGAAGGGUAAGGCUAAGGCAAAAGAAACUGAGAAGGCUAUGGUUGGCGAUGUUGAAACUGGACCAACAGCUCGCUCAACAGAUGAGAAGGGUGGUGCUCCUGUGACGGAAGUUACACCAGGUUCAAUCAAACCAUCUGAAGCUGAUUUCACAUUCAAGGACGUCUCUUACACUGUGUCUACCCCUGGUGGCGACAGAAAGCUACUCAACAAUAUAACCGGAUUCGUCAAGCCUGGUACAAUCACCGCUUUGAUGGGUGCAUCUGGUGCGGGUAAAACCACUCUCCUCAACACACUCUCUCAAAGAAUGGCAAUGGGUGUUGUUUCUGGUGACAUGCUUAUCGACGGUAAACCUCUUGAACUGAACUCAUUCCAAAGAGGUACUGGUUAUGUUCAACAAGGUGACUUGCACGAUGCAUACGCCACAGUUAGAGAGUCGAUAGAAUUCUCCGCAAUUCUUAGACAGCCACGCGAAACACCACGUCAAGAAGUCAUCGAUUACGUCGAACAGAUUAUGGACUUGCUUGAGUUAAGAGAUCUCGAAGACGCGAUUGUGGGUACACCCGAGGCAGGUUUAUCAGUUGAGCAACGUAAGAGAGUCACUAUUGCUGUUGAAUUGGCAGCCAAGCCAGACGUACUUCUCUUCCUCGAUGAGCCAACUUCUGGUCUUGAUUCGCAAUCGGCAUACUCAAUCGGACGUUUCUUGGAGAAGCUUGCACGUGCUGGCCAAGCAAUUCUGUGUACUAUUCAUCAACCUUCAAGUAUGCUCUUCACCGAAUUCUUCGAUCGACUCCUCUUGCUCGCUCCAGGUGGUAACGUAGUGUAUCAAGGACCGGUUGGCCACAACGGAAACACGAUAGUCGAUUACUUCAAAAGCGUCGGUGCGCGCCCAUGUCACGACAACGAGAACGUUGCUGAGUAUGCGAUUGAGAUGAUCGCGUAUGGUCGUGACGCUCACGGAAACAAGGUUGACUUUGCUGAUCUCUACCGCCAUUCGAAGAACUGCGCUUCUAUCAGAGAGGAGGUUGACAGAAUCAAUACCGAGAAGUCGCAGAAACCAAGAGAGCUGACUAGAGCCAUGACUAGGACUUUUUCACAACCAAUGUCGGUUCAAGUAUGGCAACUCACCCAACGUUCAAUGAGAAAUUACUGGAGAGAUGCGGCCUACGGAUAUGGGAAAUUGUUCGUCACAUUCAUCGUCGCUCUCUUCAAUGGUUUCACUUUCUUCAAAAUCGGUAAUUCACAACAAGAACUCCAGCAACGCAUGUUCAGUGCUUUCCUUAUCGUUAUGUUGCCUCCAGCGAUCCUCAAUGCAACAUUACCAAAAUAUUAUACUUCUUGGGGCUUAUUUAUGGCCAGAGAGAACCCUUCAAAGAUUUAUUCGUGGCAGGCGUGGAUGACAGCGUUCUUGAUAUCUGAAUUACCCUAUGCUUUGCUGAAUGCGGUAGUUUAUUGGGUUGUUUGGUACUGGCCAGUUGGUUUCUCCUACACACCUGAUAGUGGCAUUAGAACUGGAGCUGAUCCAGCGCUGUGCCUAUUGAUGACUAUCGAGUUCAUGAUUUUCGUUUCAUGGUGGGCUGUUUGGCUCUGUGCCUCCGCUCCUUCACCACAUUUCGUCGCCAACUCAAUGCCAUUCCACCUUGUCGUCCUCAACUUGAUCAACGGUAUCAUCAUUCAAUACGGCAAUAUUCCAGUUAUCUGGAGAUACACUCUUUACUACAUCAACCCUCUCACGUACUUCCUCGACGGUAUGAUUGGCGCUACAACUCACGACACCACCGUCAGGUGUGUUGAAAGUGAAAUGGCGACUUUCAAUCCACCACCUGGUCAAACUUGUGAAGCCUAUGCCGGCUCAUUCGCGCAAUCCUCACCUGGAUAUCUCGCGAACCCUGCGGCAACCACUGCUUGCCAAUACUGUCCUAUGUCAGACUCAUCCUCCUUCCUUUCGCAGAUACAUGUCUACCAAGGUGAAGGUUGGCCAUGGGGCUACUUCGGUAUAUUCAGUUUAUACACAUUCUUUAGCAAUCUCGCGCUUUGCUAUGGCCUUUACUGGUUGACCAAGGUCAAGUUUUUCAGUCCUACUAUUAUGGUGCAGAUGGCCUUUGGCAAGUUCAUGGGCUUGUUCAAGAAAAGUUCUUAG